CUUUUUCCUGUCGCUGCCUACGCUCGAGUACCAUGACCGCACAUGGGCCUGGAAGGAUCUUCUGGAGCAGAUUAAGAAAGACUGCGUCGCCCACGUGCUGUCACAAGUGGUGCGGCAGAAAAUGGGCGGCAACAAAAAGAAGUCCAUUGUGUCUCACAAUAAUUCAUCCGCCGCCACUGUUGAUUUCAACGAGGGGUUGUAUCCUUUGGAUAUCAACGAGAGUGGUGACCCUGCAGCGACAGGCUUGCGAUUUCAGGACAUUUCUAAAGCCAAGAUGUUGUUGGGCCGCAGUGUGUCCAAGCGCGUCAAACACACAAAAGCUCUCAUGCAUGCACAAGCAUAUGUUGAUGCCUCCGCAGCUGUUAGCAUACACGACUGUACCUGA